GGAGAUUUGUAUGCGACAAGCUCCAACGGUGCGCGAAAUGCUUGUUCAACCCGUGCGAAGCGCGAUGAUAUAUUUCCAGACAUUGAAAGAAUAGACCAACUCGAUGACGGUAUCUGCAAUCCUUCCAUGGCGAUUUCUGACCUCACAUAUAACGCCAUGCUUCAGCAUUUCGAUGAUAUCUGUCGUCAGAUGCAGUCGCAAAUGCAGUCGCAAAUGCCUUGUUUUGGAAUGCAGAGCUUUCCACCAUUAGCGCUACUAAACUUAUUCGUAAAGCUAUACUUCAAAUGUUUCGAUCCGAUCCUCCCGUUUAUUCACGUGCCGUCCUUGGACGUGAAUAAAUCAUGUGUGUUGACAACCGCAAUAGCUGCCGUUGGCUCACACUAUUUUCGAUCAGGUGAACUAACAGCGUGCUCUUCGCAGCUUCAUGAAUUUUGCAGGCGUUUGUUACAGCAAGAACCUGAGGGUUCUAAAGAGGAGAUGACUGAUUUGCCUGUGUUACAGGCCCGAAUAUUGAAUCACAUUGGGCUUUGUUAUUCCGAGUCUAAGGAGCCCAGUUCUUUUGUGAUCAGCACUUGGAGCUUUACCUCGUCAUUGAUAAACGCGCAGGGCCAUAAACAUCUUCUGAGAUAUCGAAACAAUAGAGCGCUGAAACCUACUGAUUGGGAAGAAUGGGUUGAGGCUGAAAGCUGGCGCCGUUUGUAUUUCACGGCCCGGGUUCUACACACUAUGAUGGUCUAUCACUUCAAUUUUGAUAUUGAUCAAAGUGGUGGGGCGGCUGCCGACUUUGAUCUUCCUCAAGAAAGUUUGUGGCAGGCUCAAAGUCAUAAUGACUGGACUGGAUUAUUUAUGAAAACAGAGCGAAACCCAUCACUCUCCGAAGCUACAAAUGAACUAUUUCAAGCCAAGUCAGUUCGUUUCAAUCUUGGAGAAUUCGCGCACUGUAUCAUUCUACAUGAGGUAUACAACGAGAUUGCGAAGAUAACUACGUACCACAAUCGGCAGCUAGCAUCAUGGACUCCAACUUCCGAAAGCAGAAGCUUAUUCCCAGUAUCUUCACCUGAAUCGUUGAUUACGGGGGUUCAGAAACUCACAAUCUUGGGUCAUUCUAUACACCACUCAAAUGCCAUAUCCGAUUGGAGAAAUGCUGCUCUUGAUUGUGUUGAUGUUUUACACUGGGCCGCAAACGCAAAGAUAGCAUCUCUUUCAGGGGCGGAGCAUCCAAUGGUUCUACACCUUCACUACUCUCGAAUAGUGCUCCUUGUUCCACGCGUGGCAUUAAUGACAAUUGCGGAAUCAGUGUUGCCAGUGUCAGGUAAUAAUGAGGCUAGUGUCCGAACUAGUCAUUCUCAAAAGGCGAUAGAGGCAGCCGAGCAUCUCAUCCGUGAAUGGACACAAAGAGAUAGUUCCAAGGCCAGAUUAGCGGUUAUCCAUGGUGGCUGCGUGUUUUGGCAUAUCCGACGGUAUUCGAGAGCAACGUUUUACGAUCCUCUUUCUGUUUUCUAUGCGACCUUGGCACUAUGGGCAUAUGGAUUCUACACGCCCAAAAAGAAAAAGUUGGGUUGCGAUAGGCCAGAAUCAAGUACGCAGCCGCCACUCAGGCAGCAUGUACACUCGGGCGAUCGUGACAUCACAUUCAUCCGUCUAGAUCGGCCAAAUGACGACGAAAUGGUGCAGUUGUUUGUGAGUUCUGGUCAACAUUCCAGAAUGAGCGCCCUCGUGAGUGGGGUGGGUGACAUUUGUGGCCCCGAAGGCCCGGCCCUGGUUUUGAAAGAGGGCAGAGCCAUGUUGAGCGCUAUUCCACAAACCUGGAUCGAAGGAAGCCAUUAUAUGGAUAUACUCCUUGCUUUAGAA